AGCCGUGGAGGACAUUAAGCUGGAAAGCAUUCCCAUCCAAGUGGAUUCUACACUUUCAACCACCGGUAAUGCAGUACUAGAACAACUAACAGAAACUCACAAAAAUAAGGAUAUAAAGCGGCAAAAAGUAGACCUACGUGUACAUGAAGGUGCGGCCGGCAAACCACUUCAUAUGCAGCUAAACAUCAACCAAAAAGAGCGACGUCCUCCGAGUAGAAAGCAUUCCAAAUCAGUUCGCGUGGCUGGAUUUGAAUUUCCUCUGACAUGCGAAGAAGAUGUCGACCGAUUGGAACUGAUGGUCAAACGGAAUCCUAUCAUCAGAAACCAAUAUAUCAAAUAUCUGGCAGCGAAUAAACUACCCAACAUGGAGAUUGCUCACAUCCUUUACCGAUUUUACAACGACGAAGCCCUCACGAAUUUCAACUGGACUGGCCAGGAACGGUACGACUCUAGUGCUUCGGGUAAAAAGAAAGCCAUGCAAAAGUUCGACAUUUUCAAUUCAUGUAUGCUAGAAGCGUGGUCCAGCCAUGGUGUUACGCAGGAUGCUUUGGCUGGUUCGCUGAAGAAAGCUGUACAACUGGUUGCUCGACGACGGUACAAUCUCAUCUACAAUCACCGGAAACGACUUCAAGCGCUGGAUCCCGAGCACUGAUGUUUUCCAGUGGAGGUCGUGAAAUAACACAGCUUCAUACACAGUUAUCAUUUAACUAAAAUUUUCUUCUAAAUUAGUACCCUUGUUGAGUUUUACCUUCUUAUAUUUUGAUCGUAACUAGAAAAAUACAAUAUAUUUCUUUUUUGAUCUAGUACUCACACGUUUCAAUCGUUUUCUUCUAACAAAUUCUUCAAUUUGAAUGGAACAAUUUCAAUUUCAAUUUUAUACAAUUAAGUUUUUCUGUUACCCUUACAGCAACUACUGGGAACAAAAGAGAAACGUCUACCACUUAUCCGAAAAUUGAAAUCAUCUGUCAAAUACGAUUGCAUCCACCACAAAAAAAUCCAACGAUUUCGCAACUGCACUGUUUACUGAGAAGAUCUAGCGCAGAAGGGGCAUCUGGAAAAGUUCCAUUGUACAGCGGCAGCGACAUCUACAUAGCAAUGGAGGACCUGGUAAAAAUCUAUUCUCCCAACCCGGCUCUCUACACUGCCCGACUGUUGGACAUAAUAUUCGGUAGAGAGAUACUGGUGGGUGCUUGCACUAGACGACUGGUGGAUGAUGGUGAUUUGGAACAACUGGAUUCUCAUAAACUGCGAUCUGUGAUUGGUAAGGACGUUUCUCUGCCUGUUGGGUAGUACCAGAUCGGUAUUCAAUCAACACUUUUUUUUUGUUUGCAGUACAUGUGAUUAAUGUUUUCAAAAAACAAAACAUUGAAUUAUCAGAGUCGACUGUAUUGGAAUACGUUCAUCAUCGGCUUUGCUUCCUAAAUCAAGUUAAAAGGGAGUAGUUGUGUAAAAGCAGGCUGUUUGAUCGAAAACUGUACUAGUACUUUAUCAGUACAAUUUUCUGGUGCAAUAUUCAAAAAAACAUGAUUUGAUUGGUAUGGCUAUAUACAAAUCGCUGAAUCUUUUCAACUUGCUAACAUUGUUCUUCUUUAUAGAUCAGCGUAAUCUGAAACAGGCAACAAUGGUUAUCAACGUUCCAUGGAAUCGAAUACAGUAUUGAAUUGUUUAUUUCGAGGAAAUAUAUAAAAUUUAAAAAAUCAACGAAUCUUAUACUUCUUUACAUAAAUUGAGCCAUUUCUACCACUUGAUGUAUUCUAAAGUAACCGUUCUUGUAUCGUUAUGCGUUUCCAGGUUCCCCUAAACUCCGGGCGGCCAAGUUCGGUUACACCCAGAAGGGAAGGGCGAUGCUGCUGUACAACGGAUAUGCCUACAUCAAAGACCGCCAGGCCCAGAAGAGCUGCAACUGGAAGUGCUCGUUGUUCGGAAAGCUGAAAUGCCGAGCCAGGGCCGUCACGAAGGAGGUUAACGGGCGGCAGAUGAUGAAAAUCACCAAACCCCUGCAUAACCACACUCGCGACGUGUAUUCGUUUGAUAAGUGUAAAAAAUUUAAAGAAUAAGUUUAUGGCAAAAAUGUCAGAUGUUCUAUCAUAACGAAACAAGCAAACUUUUUGUUGUAUCAGUAAUCAACUUAGAAUCACGUUCUAAAAAUUUACGUAAAAAUAAAAUGUACUCUUCUAUCAUUUAGGUACAAAUUCUAGUACUUCAUGUCUUAAGAUAUUGUUUCGAGUAUAUUUUUGGUGGUAUUCUAUGCCUUCCUUGUCCUCAUUAUCACUUAAUUUUUCUCCCAAAAAGAUUGAAUGAUAUCGGGUCUUCGAUUAGUGAAGACAUUAGUGGUAAUGUAGUACUAGAAUACUGAGUGCAGACAAACUGAAACCUAAUUGAUACGACACGAGUGAGUCACUAACACUUUUAUCUGUAUCCCCAACAGAAAACGUAAUCUAUGUAUUGUCGAAGCGUGGCACCAAGCAUCUGUUUCACGAUGGAAACACCUACACCCCAAAUGAGCGACCCUAC